UAGGCCAAGAUACCCCGAGGGGAGAGGGGCUCCGGAGAGGAGGCCCGCCCAGCAAGAAGGGGUCGACCCUUCGUCGACUAACCGACCGAGUCGCUUUGCUUGCGGACCAGGGCCGUGCGUCGCGGGCUUCCUGAGCGCCGCCGUCGCCUGGCAACCGCCAUCACGAUAUGUUGCCAUGGCGACCCGGGCAGAGGCAGCGGCUCCCCUCGCGCCGAACGCCCCGGCAACAGCCGCGCCACGCGCCGAGCUCGCGGCCCGCGCCCUCAACCAAAACACAACGUGGAACAAACAGCAACGACAACCACACAUAGACGAGAGAGAGAUCCACGAGCCCCGCACACUUGUAAAGCGUCCCCGUUGUGUCCGUGAGGCCGCUCGCGGUCGGAGUCGCCUCAGCGCUGCGGUUGCUAAGGGCCCGGCUCUAGCAAGUCGGGGCCGCGCCGCGCGAAGCCGCCGGGGGACGACUCGAACCGAGACAUGUCCGACUCCGAGGAGGAGACGCAGGACAAGCAGCUCAAGAUCGUCAUCUUGGGAGACGGCGCCUCUGGAAAGACGUCUCUGGCGACGCGCUUCGCCCAGGAGGCGUUUGGCAAGCAGUACAAGCAGACGGUGGGGCUCGACUUCUUCCUGAAGCGCAUCACCCUGCCUGGGAACGUGAGCGUUACGCUGCAGGUGUGGGACAUCGGGGGGCAGACUCUGGGGGGCAAGAUGCUCGACAAGUACAUCUAUGGAGCGCACGGCGUGCUGCUCGUGUACGACAUCACCAACUACCAGAGCUUCGAGGACCUGGAGGACUGGCUGGGCAUGGUGCGCAAGGUGAACGAGGAGGCUGAGCGGCAGCCUAACGUCGCCCUGGUCGCCAACAAGAGUGAGGACGCGGUCGCCUGUCCGCGAGGGGCGGGAGUCGACCUGGAACACAUGCGCACGGUGAAGGCUGACAAACACUCGCGCUUCUGCCAGGAGAACGGCCUGAGCAGUCACUUCGUGUCGGCCAAAACCGGGGACUCGGUGGCCGUGUGUUUCCAGAGAGUAGCGGCCGACACUCUCGGCAUCAAACUCAACAAAGCGGAGAUGGAACAAUCUCAGGGUGUACUGAAAGCCGAAUUGGUCGACUACCGGGAGGCGUCGGGGCUGCGCGAGUACCGCGCGGCGGCGGCGGCGGCGCGCUGCGACAAGAGCUCCGUGUGCAGUGUGCAGUGACAAACGAACUAACUCGCUCGCUCACUCGCUCACCGAGUGGUGAAAGCCGACAUCAUCAAAAGCACUCAGGACUCCCCCGUGCGGGCCGUGAGCCAGCCCAAGAGCUCCGUGUGCGCCAUCCACUAGACUCUACCACUACGCCAAACGGGGGGGGGGGGUGCAUCGGUAGGAUUGGUGGGAGUAGAGUUGAGUUACGACCAGCUUCAUCCCAUGACGAAUAAAACCCAUACAGUGUAAUCGGCAUUGGCCAAUGCUGAAGAACUACCGGCAAAUUACUCAAUUGGGAUGACACACAGUAGCAACAUCGCCCCCCUACUUUCGAAAUUUGGCAGGGCCUUCCUGAGCAAGAGUUGUCUCAAUGAGUCUCCCUCAUGCUGGCUGGCCAUGUGGCUGGGGUGACUGAGAUUGCUAGAGCCAGUUAAUUGAGUUGAUUUCCUACGGGCGCUAUCGUUCUCAUGGCACGCACCGAUCAUAGCACAGGAAGGCGCCGCUGUGUUUCACGCGAGGAACAGCUUGUGCUGGUUCCACAGCAGGGGGGUGAUGCUGCUGCUGUGUUAUCCCGAUUGAGUAAUUUGUAAAUGUAGUCCAUGGCGCAGGCAAACAAUAGCCCACUCUUACCAACGACGUCACGGGAUCUGUAAAUGUCAUCUGUGAAGCAGACGGCAUGUAGUAUUGUAUGGUUAAAGCGCACCACCACCGCAGUAAUAGCUGGGGCAGCCUGCCGGAUUCGCACCGCGAUUCCCGUAGUAAUGCUCGCGUUGUAGGGAUGUGAUCAGGGUUCUUGAUUCUGUCCCGUGAGCUGAGCCUGAGCCGCGACUAAGACACGGCCAUAGCACCGCCCCUUCCCCCCACCAAUCUCCGCGGGUGAAGAGAGAGAGAUUCAGUCGUAGCCGCAGCGUAUUCUCCGGAUGGUAACACAUCUCACAUUCGCCCCUCGUCCUUCAAAAGUUGGAGGUCCAUCUUAUACCCCAGUAGGUGGGCCGUGCGUGCACAUCAGCAUCGGGGAGACAAAGGCGGCUGGGCGUAGUGCAGACCACACCCCGCACCCUCAUGUGCUGUGCCAGCCUUCGUAGGCGCUCGAUAAAGGCACUUGCCCCAACAGUCUGUUAAAACCAAACGGAGGAUCUUUGUCUUUGUAACCAGCUCUGUGUAACUUUAUUGACACCGGGCACAAAUUUGGUGGGGGUCUCAGCCGGCAGCGCAGCACCCCCCAGCCGGCGCCUUCAAGGUGGUGGCACCGUGACCAUUCGGGAUUCUGAUCGCCCGUGGUUAUGAAUAUGAUUUUUCCACAUUGAUAGUGUUCUAGUAAUGCUCGCGUUGUAGGGAUGUGAUCAGGGUUCUUGAUUCUGUCACCACGCCGAGUUGGGUGUCGGGUUUCUGGUCGUGAGAUUUACCGUGCGAGGCAGCUGAACGCUCGGCACCAGCAGUGAACGUAUAUAAAAUAAACUACACAACCUGGCCGAGAGAUUUCUAUAUUACAUAACGCAAAAUCACGGUCUAUCCACUGCUGGAUGAAGGCCUCCCCACGGUGCUCUCACCCACCUCGUCAUGCCACCGAGCGCUCACUCUGCCUGGCUGGGCCAGGCACCCAGAUCCCCUCCCUCCCGGCGUGUCGCCGCAGUCCAUGGGCUAGGACCAAAAAUUAGAAGCUCCGGGGUCAUAAUUCCACAUUCCAAUGGGAAGGACCAGUAUAAUCCACGGGACCGUCACCGCUGGAGCGCUGGCAAGGCAGUACGAGGUUUACAGACCCUGAGCGAGUAUGAUGGGCUGAGUGGGGCGUUGGCAGGGAGGACGCAGCUUGGCAGCGCACGAGGGACCCCGUCGCUUCCGAGGUCGCCUGCAACUGCUUGCAAUAACGUCGACACACGGGCAAUUCGGUUUCCUGCACCCGAGUUGCGGGUGACUGUACUCUUAAACAACCGGUUGUGCAACUGGUCGCAUAGACGUCAACGUAUAGUGCGCACGAUUCGGUUGCGUGCAACCGAAUUGCAUAUCGGACCCCUCUGGUUCGACACCGUGGUACCACGAUCGUCGCGCCCCGAGUGGCUGUAGGGUUCGCUUAGCGCCCCUCGUGGCACGCAGUGUGCGGGUGCCAGGAGAGAGCAGUCGAUGGGAACUCGCGCGGUUCCACGGGGGAGUUGUGGGUGGGCGUGAGAAUCUCCACGGAACGGCGAUGAAUCGGAUCGCUUACUGGGCAGAGUCGCGUGUACACGCGCGUGUCUGUGUGUGUACACACGUGUGUCUGCGUACUCGAGUUUAUGUCAACAGCUAACACACAUGUGUAUAUAUCUUAUAGUUUCGCAUUCAAAUAAUAAAAGACAAUGGACUUGUUUUAUUCAUGAAA